AUGGAAAAUCUCGAAGAAACGGGAUCAAAUUCAAAUUUUGAAAAAUCAGAGUAUCCUGCGGAAAAUAAAGAAAUUGAAAAACCUGACAAAAAAACGGCAAUUGAUCUUAAUAAUGAAGGACCGUUUGAAGAAACGGAAUCAAAGUUAAACAGUAAUGUGGACUCGGGGGGAAAUGAGAAUCCAGCUGAAGACAAAAUGAAAAUAUCCGAUGAAAAAACAACUGAUGCUUCAGAAAGAGAUGCAACUACGGGACAGUUUGAAAAAACGGAAUCAGAGUUAAACAGUAAUGUGGACUCGGGCGAUAACCAGAAUCCAGCAAAAGAAAAAAUUAAAAAAAUUGAUGAAAAAACAAAUGCUGCUUCAGGAAAAACCGUAAAUGUCUCUGGCGGCAUCGUGAAACAUUCAUCUUCUGUAUCAAAAAAGAAUGAUCAACCCGAACAAUCUUCAAAGGUUUGGUCAACCCGAACAAUCUUCAAAGGUAAAACCACAGCUCAACUAACAAAUACAGGAGAUAAAAACGGAAAAACAGAUACUUCUAAGUACAAUUUAAAACAUGCCCGAACAAUUGAUAACCACACACUAAUCGAUAAAGAUUUAACCUCUGAAGAUAACAUACCUAAUUAUGUUUUUCAAAACUUAAUAAUAGGCAAUUAUCAUGUACGCGAAUUUGAAUUUAAACCAUCAAAUUUAAAUGAAAAUUUUAACGAAGGUAGUUAUGACUCGGAUAAGAUUGAAGAUGUUCAAGAAGUCAAUCCGAUGGAUGCAAUACUUGAUAUAUUUCGGCGCUCAGAUGACUCUCUACAACGUUAUCUCAAUAUUAAAUUAUCUUCGUGUCAACUCAGUGUCCCCUUUCUCCUCCCCGACCCUGAGAUGCCUUCUGAAAACGUAGUAUAUCUGCUGCCGGCGUUAAGGAACAUCACUAAGUGCUGGAAAGAUGGGACCUGCACAAAACAAGUGUUUGCGACAGAGCAUCCGUUUCCAGUGGUUUCUUUUAUCCGAAUUGGCGAACCUACCAUGUCAAAAUCAUUGUUGAUUAACAAAAUCAUGAGUGACGGAGACAGUUACCAUGACUACUUCUUCCACAAAGACAUGAAAGGUGGCCAUGUUGAAAGAAAAUUCGUGGAUGGUUUGGUUGAGUUGAGUUGGUUUCUUCCCGGAGGGAGUGAGAAACAAACAUUACGAAGUGAAAUUUGUUUUGCAAAUCUUCGCGGAGAUGCCAAAAGUUUAAAGAAGCAGCUUGACGUCCUCUUAAAGAUUUCCUCCGUGUUAUGUAUCUUAUUGCCUUCUAAUUAUCCAAACGAAACCGAUAAGACCAUCCCGAAAGAUUUUUUGCAAGAAGCUUUGCCUGUUAAAGGAAAAACCAUCCUUAUUUUUAACGAUGAGACAAAACAAACUAAUGCAAAGGAAUAUUUCAAAGAACUGAAUUCUAAAAACCAUAAAAAGUUUUUUUCUAUUACGAAAGCCAAGGAAAAAAAUGAAGAUCGAUUUCUUAAGAGAAUACGGAAUAAAAUCCAGACAAGCAUAAAUGGAGAGGAAGCAUCACCUCUUUUAGAACUGACACAUCUUAGCGAAGAUGACACUGGCGUUGAUGACGUCCACCAUCAAUUCGAAUUGGCCUGGUUAAUGGACUUGGGAAUUGAAGAGGCUAAACACUAUCUGAAAUUACAAAGACACAUCCCAGUAUUGGCGAAUUUAGAACGUGAAAAAUAUUGUCCAAGACAAUCCAAAACUGGUCAUAUGAAUCGAGAUACAGAUGAAAUUGAUGACGAUAUUGCCAAAGAGAAGAUGGCUCAGAAAGAAAGCUUUCAACAGCUGGAUGAAGGACUUCAUAACUAUUUCAAAGACAUUGCAGUGAUGGAACAACCUUCACGGGAUAACGCCCUGAAUAUCUUGAAGCAUCAUUUGGAUAAAAUGUCUCUGCAAAGUAUGGACAAAUUGCAACAGGACUACUGUAAAUCCAUGCUUGAUCUUCGAGAGAAUAGAGAACGAAUGCCACAGAAGUCAGACACACAAUCGUCCGAGAUGCAACAUUUGAAACAGUUGGGAGAGUCAAUUUCAACAUUCUCGUUCGGUUUUGAACACAUCAUCAGAGAACUUGCCCAGAUAUACGAUAUUCAAGAAGAAAAUUACGACUAUGCAGGUGCUGCGGCAGACAUGUUGCUUUCAGGAUAUCCUCUUGAAAUAUUGGAUGGUGAUUCCUCUUACAUUCCAUUGCGUUGGUUUAAUGCUGUGUAUACUAAACUAGAGCAAAAAACAAAAAAUGCAAAAAUGUUUGUAAUAUCGGUUGUAGGAAUUCAAAGUUCAGGAAAGUCUACAAUGUUAAACACGAUGUUUGGUUUAGAAUUUCCAGUUAGUGCUGGCAGGUGUACUCGUGGCGUUUUUGUAUGUCUUCUUCCUGUUAGUGAUUCUCUUAAGUCAGCUUCAAAAUUCGACUAUGUUUUGAUCGUUGAUACUGAAGGUCUGGAUGGCUCCACAGAUCCCCUGAUUCGACAGCACGACAAUGAGUUGGCAAUAUUCGCAAUUGGCAUUGCCGAUUUAGCCAUAAUGAAUGUCUUCAGUGAAAAUCAAAGUAUGAUAAGACAAUUCUUGGAAAUAGCCGUACAUGCUUUUUUGAAGAUGAAGCUUGUCGAUAAAAAGAAAUUUUGCAAAAUUGUCCACCAAAAUGUCAAUGUUUCCCAUGCAAGAGGAAGAUUAGUUGCCAACCGUUCUAUUCUAAGACAAUGGCUGGAUGAAAUGACGAGACGUGUCGCAACUCAUGAAAAAAUUGAAGGCAAAUUUAACAAAUUUAAAGAUGUCAUUUCAUUCAAUGAAGACGAAGAUGUGUUCUACUUACCAUCCAUGUUGAAAGGCAAUCCGCCAAUGGCUCCAUUGAACCCUGAUUAUGGAAAGGCUAUUCAAAAAUUAAAGGAAGACAUAAUUCGCUUGAUGUGCAAUUCAGAAAAAUGUCAUCCUCAUCCUGUAUCACAAUUUCGAAAGAGAGUCAACGAUCUUUGGGAAGCCAUUUUAAAGGAAAAUUUUAUAUUUAGUCUCCGUAAAUCGAUUGAAACUAGCGCCCGCAUGUCUUUAGACCGAAAAUAUUUAGAGGAGUCUAUUGCUGUUAUGAUGACAGGGAUGGCCGAGCUUGAACAUGAAAUUGUGGUAUCUCUGAAAAGAUGCUCGACCGAAAAUGAACGGGAGGCGAAAUGGGCUGACGGUCAAAAAGAAAUAAGUAAAGUAGCUGAAGAACUUGAAAGAACACUGUUAGAAGCAAUGAAUGACUUCCUUGAAACGAGCGAACAUACGAACACGCUUAAACAGUGGAAAUCAGACGUACAGACUAAAGUUAAAGAAGAGAAGGAAAUUCGUAUCUCCAAGGUAACAAAGAACUGCUCAUCAACCUUUAAACACCUGCAAUCUGUACAAGAUAAUACACAUAAAAAAUUGAAAUGCGAAGAGAAGCUUAUAGAAAAAGCAAAGGAAUUCAUUACUUCAGGUCUUGUUCCUGAAGACGAACGAAAAUUGAAAGAAACUUUCGAAUCGCGUUGGCAGAUCUGGAUUAAAAGCAUUCAAGAUCCUCUGGAAAGAAAAAUUGAUACCAACGAAGAAAAAGUGAAGAAAUAUGUCACAACGAAGAAGUCCAGUGAAGAAGCAGCGAUGAUAGAAAUUAAACGGCAGAACGAAAAAAUAAAUGUUGAUGAUCUUGAAUAUAGCACACAGCUUACCAAACAUUUUUCUCGCGAAAAAAAUAAAUGUCUUUCCCGUGCUGAAGAAAUCAAGAAAGCUGCUAUAAAAAAGGCACUUGAUUUUGCGAAAACGUCGCCUGAAUCAACCCUAAACAACGAUCACCUGGAGGAAAUAGAAAAAAAAUUGUAUGCCACUCUUGAUGAAGGCACUAAAGAACUUCCCUUCAAAUUUAAAAAGUCAACAAAAUGUCAUAUCUUGCAUCAAACAUUUUGCGAAGCUAUAAAAUUUUUUCAUGACACGGAAGACAUUAGGAAGCAGAUCGAAAAGGACUUUCAACCAGAAUUGGAAGUGUAUUUGAUAAAUGUUUGCAGGAAAAUGGGAAACGAAAUGUUAGCUGCUACUUCUUUUGUCCACGUACUUCAAAACCAAAUUGAAUCAAAGCUGAAUUGCAUUAUGGGCUCUGUUGUUGCAAAGGAAAUAUCAAAAAAGGAAGAGUUUCAAAAUAAAGCGCAAUUUCAUGUCAGAGUCCUAAUUCAGCUUGGAGAGGAGGGUAAUUUUGAAUCAUACACUUCUUAUUUUCAAAAUCCACAUGGAUUUCUGAAAGAAAAAUUAACGGAAUCAAUUGUAAACUACUGUUCGGAAACAAUCCAUCUCAGAAUCGACUCACUUCACCGACUGGAAAUCGAAAAGAUCGAAACCGUAGUUUUGAAUGCCAUUUCAAUUCUCAGCAAUGGAAUAAAAACAGAAAACAAAAAACUCAGUUUUUGGAUUCAAAGAUUUGUUGAAGAAUGCUCUUGCAUCGCUCUAAAAAAGGAAAUGUUCUGUGUGGCUACAAUUGAAGAUCUGCAAAACAUGGAAUUGUUUCUGGUUGAAGUUCGCAAAAAGAUCAAUCAAAUUUUCAAAUCAUUAAAAUCCCAGAACUUGUUAAUGAAUGCUGAAACUUUUCACAAAUGGAAUCCAUCGCCAGUCGAUUGUCUCGUGGACACCUUGUUUCCUUGCGCUAGUACUUGCCCGUUCUGCGAAACUAUAUGUGAUAAUACCAUUCUGAAUCAUGAAGUUCACUUUGCACUAUCUCAUCGCCCCCUAUGUAUUAUUGGCUCCAAAAACGAAAAUACACAAAUAUUAAUUACUGAUAUUUGCACAAAAACGGUCGCCGGAAAAAAAAAAUUUCGAAACAUGGAGACACACUGGGAAGGGAAACGUUACAAGGAUUAUCAGUCGGUAAAUGACCAUUAUAAAUCCUGGAAUAUUUGCCCCGAUUCAACAUCAAAACCAAGCAUGUAUUGGAAAUGGUUUAUGGGAAAGUUUUCAAAGGAAUUAUCAGAAUACUACGGAGGCAAACUACCAACCUUCCCAAAAUUUGGAAAGCAUCUUACGUUCGACAAGGUAAAAGAACAACUUCAAAAGGAAUUCAAUCUGUAG